CAGUCGAUGCUGUGCAUUGUAACCAUUCACACGUUUUAGCCAUGCAGCACAGUAUAAUAUUUGCAGUUACGCUGUUAGCACUUGUCGCGUUAAGCAAUUGCAUUUUGGUGAAGCCAACCAGCGUUGAGGCUCAGUUGCAGAGUUGUUCUGCGCCACAGACGAUUCGUGACUUGUCGAAUCUCCGUUUGCUAUUGGUUUGGUACAGCGCCGAUCGGCCCAGAAAUCCGGUGGAGUAUUUGAGGAAUAUAUUGACCGAUGACCUGGCACUGCUUCAGCUGGCAUUUGCCAUAAAUCGCGUUCGGGUGAUGCCAAAUCAAAUGAUUUUCGACAUGUCGAGCAGCAUGUCAACGCAUUUGGUAUAUCGAACAUAUUGUAAGCUUUUUCACAAAAUUUCGGAAUUCCGUGCACUAGGUUAUAAUGAUCCAGCGUUGCCCUAUGAAAUUCGCAAAACAGAUUUAAGCUUUUAUGAUUAACUUUAACCAUAGCAAUAU